GGAUGGUUUAGCUUUUCAAACUGAAACCAAUUUUCACAACAGAACACGCUUUUCCCGAACUAAAAGCUCCUCUCACACCAAACCUAACCCCAUCACUCAUUUGUCAAAAUUAAAAAAAAAAAUAAACAUUUCGGAUGUUUCAGGUCACCUGCACGGCGGUUCCAGCUAUGCCUAUGACCGCAUCACCGCCCAAUCUACUUCGUCGGCAGGUGGUGUUCCCUUAUUCGUCAAGGCGAUCCUUUACUGUACCUCUCCGGAGCUCAAAACCCAACAAACCUCUCGCAAUUCUCGAUAUCAAAGGUGGCAAAGGCAUGCGCGGGUUCCACGAGGUAGAGCUCAAAGUUCGUGAUUACGAAUUGGAUCAGUUUGGUGUUGUCAACAAUGCUGUCUACGCUAACUACUGCCAACACGCCCGACACGAGUUUCUGGAGAGUAUUGGUAUCAACUGUGAUGAAGUCGCACGUUCUGGCCAAGCCUUAGCGCUUUCUGAGUUGGCUAUUAAGUUCCUUGCUCCUUUACGCAGCGGAGACACGUUUGUGGUGAAAGCGAGGGUUUCAGGGUUAUCUGCUGCGCGUAUUUACUUUGAUCAUUUCAUCUUCAAACUUCCUAAUCUAGAGCAGCCUGUCUUAGAAGCAAAAGGAGUAGCUGUAUGGCUUGACAACAAGUACCGUCCUGUUCGUAUCCCUCCUCACAUCCGCUCUAAAUUUGUUCAGUUCCAACGCCAAGAAGACGCCGUCUGAUUUGUGCCCCCACAUUCUCAUAAUUUUACUGUAUUCAAUAAGCCCAGUUAAUGUUACUAAAUGUACCCACUAUUAAAGCCCUUAUAUAAUGAAAAAUCUAUAUAUAUAUAUUUCCGAUAAUAAGCUGCA